GUUGCGCAGGUAAAUUUCCGUAGGCAUCUAUCUAUAAAUACAGUUCCAACAGUCCAUUCUAUUCAUAGUAAGCUAAGGAACUAGCCAUGGCUAAGUUAGGUCCUAUCUUGUAUAGGAUCUUUUGUAUGCUUUUAAGCUUUGUUUUGCUCACUCACUCAGCCCCUGAAACUGCUCUUGUUACUCAGCUUCCUGGCUUCUCUGGCACUUUUCCUUCUAAACACUAUUCUGGGUAUGUGACCAUAGAUGAAAGUCAAGGCAAGAGAUUGUUUUACUACUUUGUUGAAUCGGAAAGGAACCCACCAAAGGAUCCAGUUGUUCUUUGGCUCAAUGGUGGACCUGGAUGCUCUAGCUUUGAUGGGUUUGUAUAUGAACAUGGUCCUUUCAAUUUUGAAGCAGCAGAAACAAAGGGAGAUCUGCCCAAAUUGCAUCUUAAUCCAUACAGCUGGUCCAAGGUUUCCAGCGUUUUAUAUUUAGAUUCUCCUGCUGGUGUUGGGCUUUCUUAUUCCAAGAACGAAACUGAUUAUAUAACUGGUGACACAAGGACUGCCUCUGAUUCGCAUGCCUUUCUACUCAAGUGGUUCGAGCUAUACCCAGAAUUCCUCUCUAAUCCAUUUUUUAUUUCUGGAGAGUCCUAUGCUGGAAUAUAUGUGCCAACUCUUGCUUAUGAAGUCGUGAAAGGACUUGAUGCUGGUGUAAAGCCCAUUCUCAAUUUCAAGGGAUAUUUGGUGGGAAAUGGAGUUACUGAUGAGGAGUUUGAUGGCAAUGCUCUUGUUCCAUUUGCACAUGGGAUGGGCCUGAUCCCAGAUGAGUUAUUUGAGGAGGUAACCAAGGAGUGCACUGGAAAUUUCUACAACCCACUCGGUGAAACUUGUGAGAACAAACUCCAAAAAGUUUACAAGGAUGUUGAAGGUUUAAACAUAUAUGACAUUCUAGAACCAUGCUAUCAUGGCUCAAAUAUAAAGGAGGUUACAGAUGAUAGAAUCAGGUUACCAUCCAGCUUUCGGCAAUUAGGUGAGACCGAAAGGCCUCUGCCUGUGAGAAAAAGGAUGUUUGGCCGUGCCUGGCCUUUUAGAGCUCCUGUAAGACCUGGAAUUGUUCCAACUUGGCCACAGCUCCUGGAUGGCGAGAGUGUUCCAUGCACUGAUGAUGAAGUUGCCACGUCAUGGCUGAACAAUGAAGCAGUUAGGAAAGCAAUCCAUGCUGAACUAGAAAGUGUAUCUGGUACUUGGGAGUUGUGCACAGAUAGAAUCCGUUUUCAUCAUGAUGCUGGUAGCAUGAUUAAGUACCACAGGAACCUUACUUUGAAGGGAUUUCGUGCCCUCAUAUUCAGCGGGGAUCAUGAUAUGUGUGUUCCAUACACCGGGAGUGAAGCAUGGACGAGAUCAAUGGGAUAUGAUAUAGUUGAUGAAUGGAGGCCAUGGACUUCCAAUGGACAAGUUGCCGGUUAUACACAAGGGUAUGCAAACAACUUAACUUUCCUAACCAUGAAGGGGGCUGGACAUACUGUCCCAGAAUACAAACCACGAGAGGCAUUAGAUUUCUACAGCCGUUUUCUGGCAGGGAAACCUAUCUGAGACAUUGUUGAUCACCGGACUUCAUCGCACGCAGAGAAAUGAAUAAAUCCAUCCUGCAGAAAACAACUUCCUUGUUAAGCAACUACUUUUAUGCUACGCUACAAGUGAAUGUAUCUCAUAAUACUUUGCUUCUUCAAGCACCAAUCUUAUUGCAGAUUCAUCACUACAUUUGUAAGCUUAUGCUUGGACCAGUUUCCACAAGCCGUGGCCAAAUCCUGCCCUCUGUCGAGUCUUAAUCCAAUAACUUUCUGACUAAAAAGAGGUUUUCCCUCCAUGCG